AUGGAAAAAACAGUUAGAGGAAAACAAGUACUUAAAAUGCUCAAAUUCGGUCAGUUAACUUUCAACAAGGGUGAGUUAUCUCUAGAGAAUCUUCUACAGGGAGGGCAAGCUUUUCGGUGGAUUUAUAAUGAGAACAAGAACCAUUAUACCACGACAAUGAAAGUCGGAGACUCCGAUAAAUACGUAGUUGUGAUACUGACACAACCUAGUCAAACAGUUUUGGAAUUUGCAACUGUAGGAAAUAUGUGUUGCUUAAAGUCUUUAGGAGACCAUUUGGCUGAUUAUCUCAGACUUGAGGUAUCUGUACGCGAUUUGCAUGCCACGCAUUGGAUCAAAAGAGACUCCAAUUUCACAAGUUAUUCACCACAAGGUGUAAGAAUGUUGGCUCAAGAACCCUGGGAAACAAUGAUCUCAUUUAUCUGUUCUAGUAAUAAUAACAUUUCGAGGAUAACAAAAAUGUGUCAUACUUUGAGUCGAAAAUAUGGAGAGAAAAUAGGUAAAUUUGACUCGAUGGACUAUCAUUCGUUUCCAACAAGUAAUGAUAUAAAAGAGAAAGCAACGGAAACUGAGCUUAGAGAGUUAGGAUUUGGAUACCGUGCUAAAUAUAUCAUACAAACAGCCGAAAAAUUAGCCAUUGAUAAGGCACAGGGUGGAUUCCUUGGGGAUACGGAGUAUCUACUAUACUUGAAUGCACAUAUGACGUACGAACAGAUGAGAGAGCAUUUGAUGAGUUAUUCAGGAGUGGGUCCCAAGGUCGCUGAUUGCAUUUGUUUGAUGGGGCUGCGAAUGGAUGACGUAGUUCCUAUUGAUGUGCACAUCAAGAGAAUUGCGAUGAGGGACUACAAAUUUCAAGCUAAGAAAUCAGACAUUAAGCAACUGGCAGAAAAAUAUAGAGAUCUGCCCAUUACAAGGAAGAAAAUAAAUUUAGAGCUCGACUUGAUUCGCUUAAUGUUUUUGGGAAAAUGGGGCAGCUUUGCUGGAUGGGCCCAAGGGAUGCUGUUUUCUAAGGAAGUAGGCAAAACGAGUGGUGCUACAACGUCAGGUGAAAUCAAAAAGCGCAAACUAGGAGAUAUUACAGAAACUUCUGACGUGUUUGAGGUUAAAAAGGAGUUCAAAACAGAGGAAUGUAUAGUUGAAAGUACAAUGAUAGAGGAGGGCACCCAGAUAUCUAUCAAAGUUGAGUCGAGAUAA